AUGAACCUGAGCUCACCCGGUCUAUCCCCAGUCGACCUCCAGCACCACAUAUACAACUCAUUACUGGAGUCAAAGACUGCAGAUAUAGCUCUCCAUGUGCGUGGUACAUGGGAAGCUGUAUACAGACUCCAUCGUGUCGUGCUCAUCCAAUCCGGCUUCUUCAGCUCUCUCUUUACUGCUGGGUUUCUCGAAUCAUCACACAAGUUCAGUACGCACCGUCGAGGGCCAGAUGAAAUAGAUAUACAAUUCGACGACCGAAAUAUUACUCGGGCUGCAUUCGAGAUAUGUAUCGCACGCCUGUAUGGCGGUGGUCCACCCUUGUUCAUAUCGCCAUCCUUAAUUCCUUCUACCUCUCACCCCCUCACACCGGCAUUCCCUGGUCCCCCAUCCCCAGAUAACAUUCUCCCGAAUCACCAUCAUGCAACCCCACGAUUCCUUCUAUCUUUGCUUGCAACAUCUGUUUAUCUCUCCAUUCCAUCCCUUGCCUCUCAAGCACUUAGCUGCAUUCUGAACACCGUUGGACCGUACACGGCUGUGCAGUACCUGACUUUUGCUAUAGGAAAGGCGAUUAGCCCUCCUGACGAGAAAGAGCCGCAGGCUGCGGUGGGACUCGAAGCUAUAGCAGAGUUGACCAAGGAAGGUAGUGUCGCGGAGAGCGCUGCGCCUUCUGAAGUCGGAACUAUCAGCCAAAAGCAAGGACGUGACCUAAACGAAAGGUUACGCGAUAUGGAUAUCAAGGAAGACCCAACAGAAAAUGGCUCGGACGUGGAUGACACAGCGGUUGGCAGUAUUUAUGAACAGUGUUUCCACUACGGCGCUGUGUCUGACAAAGUUGGCGAAGCAGCUGUGUGUUGGCUUGCACGGUGGGCACCGGACAUGCUGCCACACGAGGAGAAGCUUUCACAAGGCAAUGAACUCCCUGUAUCAUCCCAGCCUUCCCAGUCACGGCGUCGCGCAGACACUAUGCCAUCCAAACCAGGCUCCUCUGCUGGUUAUUCUUCUAGCCCUUCUCCGCAUACCGUUCCACUUAUUUGGGCGCGGGGUGGUCUUAGUGCAAAAUGGGUACGAGUGCUCAUAUCUGCCGAUGCAUUCUUUGUUAAAGGAGAACGAGAGCGAUAUGACCUUGCCCGUAGGGUGGUCGAGUUACGACGCAGAGCAGGUAUCGAUGCGGAAGAAGAGAAGGAAUGGGAGACUCUGUUCUCUGAAGGCAUUUAUUAUGCUAAUAUGGGAGUUGACGAUAUCAUUGCUCUGUCACGCGACAUUUCCCCUACCACUGGAAAACCCUAUGUCCCGACGCCUAUCCUGCAAGCAGCUCAUUGGAAUCAAUCUCUCUUGAGGCAUCAAAUCAUCUCCAAGCCGAAUAAUAGCUCAUCACCUACAUCCCCUCCAUCUAGCCCACCGCCUUCACGUGACAAGGAGCUUGGGCUACCCAUCACCACAGCGGAUAUCCUCUCGCGCCUUUCCGCGUCAGGAACUGACUCGCAAGGGGAUGAAGAGAAGGAUAAAGUAUAUUAUCCAGUUCCGAUUGACUCCUCACUGCGCAUCGGGGACAACGGUGGUAUCGAGGGCGCGUCGAUGGACCAACUUUUUGAGCCUUCCGCGAUAACUCCUUCAUCUCCAGAGAAAAAGUCCACAAACCGUCUGGUUACAUCAGAAGCGAACUUCUUUGGGCUGAAAGCAGACAGAUAUAUUGCACCUGCAUGCAUACUCGCAGAUGCGACCGGUAAAUCGCGUUGGUCGCCGUAUCCACCCUUUAGGUUCGCUGUCGAGUUUUGGGAUGUUGAUGCUCUGAAAGAGAAAUCUAGGCUGCAUUCGCAGACGAUCUGGUAUGCGGGUAGUCUUUUCAAUGUAUACGUUCAAGUCGUCCGUAAGAAGGGUGUGCAGCUAGGAGUAUAUCUCCAUCGUCAGUCCAGUAUAGAUCCAAUUCCUGCUCCCUCAGCACCUCUCCAAUCCCCCAGUCGUGCGGACAGGACCCACAACCGUGUGCCAUCGUUACCGCCCCAAAUUCCUGCAUCUGCAUCUUCGCCAUCAGUUCAUUACUCGCCGUCCAUACAUCCGCCUUCGAGAAGUACUACACCUAAUUCAUCUCCUUCGACUGCUUCGACGCUCGCGUCUCCAUAUUCCUCGGCAAAUGGCAUUCCUGCAACGGGACAACCGGUCACACCACCGCAGCCUUACCGAGAUUCGAGGUCUUCCGUGUCAGCGUACUUCACCAUCUCAUGUGCAAGUUCUACGGGAUCUUCACUGACUCGAUUUACGAGUUCCCCGGAUGUCUUCUCGGUGAGCCAGAGUUGGGGUUGGAAGUCUAGUUCCCUGCGGACCGAGGAGUAUCUCGAGAUUGGGCCUGACGGGCAGCCUACGAAUAAGGUUGCAGGACCUGCACCCAGAGAAGUGAGUCUGCGCGCUACCAUUGUGCUGGGUAUUAUCUAG